UGUUGUUCACAAAGUAGCUCAACAGAAGAACCUUGAAGGAUAUGUGGGGUUUGCAAAUCUUCCCAAUCAAGUUUACAGGAAGUCUGUGAAGAGAGGAUUUGAAUUCACUCUCAUGGUAGUAGGUGAAUCUGGACUGGGAAAAUCAACAUUAAUCAACUCAUUAUUCCUAACAGAAUUGUAUUCCCCAGAGUAUCCAGGUCCUUCUCACAGAAUUAAAAAGACUGUACAGGUUGAGCAGUCCAAAGUUUUAAUCAAAGAGGGAGGUGUUCAGUUACUACUCACAAUAGUUGACACACCAGGAUUUGGAGAUGCUGUGGAUAAUAGCAAUUGUUGGCAGCCAGUCAUCGACUACAUCGACAGCAAAUUUGAGGACUACCUGAACGCAGAAUCCCGAGUGAACAGACGCCAGAUGCCAGACAACAGAGUGCAGUGCUGUUUAUACUUCAUUGCUCCUUCAGGACAUGGGCUUAAGCCUUUGGAUAUAGAGUUUAUGAAACGCCUGCAUGAAAAGGUGAACAUCAUUCCCCUCAUUGCCAAAGCAGACACACUCACACCUGAGGAAUGCCAACAGUUCAAAAAACAGAUAAUGAAAGAAAUCCAAGAACACAAAAUUAAAAUCUAUGAGUUUCCAGAAACAGAUGAUGAAGAAGAAAACAAGAUUGUUAAAAAGAUAAAGGACCGUUUACCUCUUGCUGUGGUAGGGAGCAACACCAUCAUCGAAGUCAAUGGCAAGAGAGUCAGAGGAAGGCAGUACCCAUGGGGUGUUGCAGAAGUUGAAAAUGGUGAGCACUGUGACUUCACAAUCCUGAGGAACAUGUUGAUAAGAACUCACAUGCAGGACCUGAAGGAUGUCACCAACAAUGUACAUUAUGAGAACUACAGGAGCAGGAAACUGGCAGCUGUUACAUACAACGGUGUCGACAACAACAAAAACAAAGGGCAGCUAACAAAGAGCCCACUGGCACAGAUGGAGGAGGAGAGGAGGGAGCAUGUAGCCAAAAUGAAGAAAAUGGAGAUGGAAAUGGAGCAGGUGUUUGAGAUGAAAGUCAAAGAGAAGGUUCAAAAACUGAAGGACUCCGAAGCUGAGCUGCAGCGACGCCACGAGCAGAUGAAGAAGAACCUGGAGGCCCAGCACAAAGAGUUGGAGGAGAAGCGUCGCCAGUUCGAGGAUGAGAAGGCAAACUGGGAAGCUCAGCAACGUAUUUUGGAACAACAGAAUUCCUCCAGGACCUUGGAAAAGAACAAGAAGAAAGGGAAGAUCUUUUAA